GUAUCGUGUUAUGGAUCAUCAUCAGACAUUGAAACAUCAUUCUAAUACGGAAGAAGUGUCCUAUGUUCAUGAUUCAAUCGAUAUGGAUUGGAAUAUUCAAUGUGAUUUAUCAAAUCCUGAAUCAUCAUCUACAUCAUCAGAAAAAAGACAAACAAAUCAUCAUAGACAAUCAUCCGGUACAUUGAAAUCAAAAUCAACAUAUAAACAUAUACCACAUCGUGAAAAACCAGUUCAUUUAGUAGCGAAAAGAAAUGCUAGAGAAAGAAAACGUGUACAAGCAGUUAAUAUGGCAUUUAUGCGUCUUCGUCGUUGUGUUCCGGUUGAAAAUCGUACAAAACGUUUAUCAAAAGUUAAAACAUUACAUCGAGCAAUUGAAUAUAUUGCUGCAUUGGAUAGUAUAUUGAAACAAGAUCAAAUUUCGAAUGCUACGAAAGAUAAUAUUAUCAAUGAAAAUGACCAAUGUUCAUUUCGAUCUUCAUUAAGGCCAGCAACAAUGAUAAUCAAUGAUGAUGAUAAGGAUCAAGAUCAAUGUAUUAUGCUCAAUCCACAAUCCAACAACAGAAUAUUGCGUGAUUCACAGAAUCUUUCAAAAGAUUUAUGA